UGUCUCAUUCUCCAUUGAGGAAAUCAAGGAAUCAACCUCAAAAUUUGGCUCCAAGUAUCACCCAGGCUAGAUAUUUUAGCCCUGUAUUGAUAAAUAAUACCCUUCAGGACUCGAUAGAAAAGUUUAAGCUUUCACAAAAAGAGAAAAUGAAGAAGAGUAAUUAUAAUAAUCAAGAAAAUCUCACCAAAAAUAAUAUGAACCCCUAAUUUUUGCUUGCUAAUUUUUAUUCACAUUGAUGUAGAAGAAGAGCUUAGUAUCGAGAAGGUACGAUACAGAAAAUAGACGGAGAAUAUUACCAAAGCCAAUAGUUGAUCACAAGGUUAUUUCAUCUCCUUUCUCUGAACUCAAAGGGAUGAGAACCAAGAGAACAAAUAGGAGCUAUCUCAAAGAUAAUAUUCGAAACACACAUUUUGCCAAAUUCAGGAGACAGUCCAUCACAGGAUCUGAUAGAUACUCCAAAUACAUCAAAUCAAAAUUUGGGCUUAGUAACAUUCGAGAAAAAGUUCGUCAAGAAGUUAAGAAGGAAGAAGAAAAAGCUAAAACUAAGCUGACCAUCAAGUACAACAAUGGUCUUCCAAAUCACCGCACUAUAAAUACUAACUCUAAAAUUUCACUAGGGAAUUUUGGUUUUAAACCAAAUAGUAAUUGAGAGGGUAGUAAAUAUUUAACCCAAGCUUCUAUGCUAAGCUCGCCUGUUAAAAAUAAGAAUUCUCCACAGAUGUUACAGAAUUCAAACCAUAUCUUCUCUACUGGCAGUUUACUGCUGUCACAAGAUAGUGUUAUCUCUCAUAAUGAGGACUUGAAAUUCGAAGAUCAGGAGCAGACAGUUACAUCUGAAACAACAAAGAAAUAAGCAAGUGAAACCUCCUACUCAUAUUUUGAAGAAAUUAGAAAUUAAGCAGAAAAUAAAGAAUUUACAACACUCUUUAGAAUCUGACACUGUUGGUGGAACCUAUAACCAAGAUUUAAAAAGUAAUGGAGUCGUCAGAAACUUUCUGGACCCGAAGUUCUCCGUUUUGUCUGAUUCCUCAGACAAGAUGGAGAUCAGGCUCCUUAGUCAGAAAAAUUCGUUAAAGAGUUUAGAUGUCUCCAAUUUGAAGAGUAUUCAUAAGCUAAAGAAAUUAAAGGUAACUAAAUUCGAAAUCUGACAGUCAGGAGGAGUCAGAAAUUGUCUGUGUUUACUUUAAAUCUUUGAUUUACCUCACCUGUCUCAAACUCAGUGUUACCGAUAUAGAGAUAUAUCCCCGACAAGAAGAAUGUCAGUACUUUCAAACUGUUCAGUUUCAUGGAUGAAGAGGAGAAAGCCAAGAUUAAACUACCUGAAUACCUCUCUGUAGGAAUGAUGUCUAGAUUUGUAACAAAGCUUCUUCGAAAUAAAGAGCUUGCAUCAUUCUCUAACAGAUUUCCAGAAUAACUUAGCUCGUAAAUAUCAUAUUU